UAUUUCUUAACAUCUCAAAUCCUCAACUCUCUCAUUUUCUAUAAAACGUUUUUAUAGAACUUUACUAAACACCCCCCUGAACUUUAGCAACAUGACAAAAGUAUACCCUAAGGUUGUUAUUCCAACCAGUGUUUCUUCCGACCAACAACGUUUCUCCAGUGAAACCUCAACUGCUGGUCGGAAUCAUGAUCCUGUGGUUCUCACCGUUUGGAAGAAAUCAUUGUUAUUCAGUUGUGAUGGGUUUACAGUCUUCGAUAACAACGGUAACCUCGUCUUUAGAGUCGAUAAUUACGCCGCUGGCAACAAGUCGGAGGUUGUUCUCAUGGAUGCCAACGGUCGUUCUCUCCUCACCAUCCGCCGCAAGAGAGCAAGCAUUACGGACAACUGGCUGGUGUACGACGGGGAAACGACGGUGAAUCAUCGAUUCUCAGUGACAAAACGCGUGAAUUUGCUUAACGGAAAGGCGAUUGCUCAUGUGAGCACUACAGGAUCACCUAACAACAACAACAACAGAAAGGGUGUGGCGUACGAGAUCGAAGGCUCAUACGCUCGGAGAUGUUGCGUCGUGUACGAUGACAAGCGGCGGUGUGUGGCCGAGAUCAAGCGGAAGGAGGCCGUAGGAGGCGUUGCAUUAGGUGGAGAUGUGUUCCGGCUGGUUGUACAGCCGGAACUCGGUUCCACUGUUGCAAUGGCUCUUGUUGUUGUUCUAGAUCAGAUGUUUGGUGGUGUUUCUAGAAGGUUCUAGAAGUGAACUUGAUUGAUGAAAUGGAAAUUGUUGAUUUUGGAUCUGAUUGGGUACAUUUGGAUCAUCACAUGGACCAUUGAAGAAAUAAAGAGACAUGAUUACGGGGCGUAAUAAACGGACAUCAAGGUGGUAAAGUGAUGUGUUCCUCAACUACGUGUUGUGCGUUCAAAAUCCUGCAGGUGUAACGAUUUUAAGAGUAAAUAGAGAGUGUGUGUUUUGCCGUAAAAGAAAAAUACAUGAUUAGCGAGGGCCGAGGGUAGGUUUUGUAAUUAAGUUUAUGAUAAUUCAUAUACAAUGUAUGUGAUAAUUUGAUUUGUAUUUAUGAUUGUUUUUUCGGGCGUAGCUUGUUACCCGUUUAUCUUUAU